AUGGCUUCUAUAACUGGAGGGAGUGGCAUCGGUGGGGGUGAUCGUUGUCCUUAUGGAGAGAAGGGCACAACUCCAGUGCCGGAGGAACUCUCAAACGGAACUUAUCUGAAUGAAGCAAACAUUUAUAUUGGGAAGAUUACUCCACCAACUGUGGUUAAACUGUUCCAAGAGCAAUUUCAGAAGGAGUUCAAGUUGUUCCUUACAUUGCGGUACAAGGAACUUGUUGGUGGUGGCCGUAUGGUGCUGACAUUUCUGGGCAGAAAGACUGAAGCGAUGUUGUUGCACGGUGAAGUCGACAGCAUGUGGGAAUUGCUUUCCAAAGCUCUCCAAUCUUUGGUCCAAAAGGGUCUCGUCGAAAAGGAGAAGCUGAACUCCUCUAACCUUCCAUACUAUGCACCAUCAGUGGAUGAAGUAAAGGCAUUGAUUGAGAAGGAGAACCUCCUUGACAUCGAACACAUAGGACUCUUUGAGUCCAACCGGGAUCCACUUGAUGACUCAGCCAGUGAUGUGGUGCUGGAUUGCGCCAGUAGUGGCAGAAAUGUCGCCAAUAAAUGCAUAAGGGCAGUGAUGGAGCCUCUGAUCAUCGAACACUUUGGUGAGGCCAUACUUGAUGAACUGUUCCUGGCGUUUGGCUCCAUGGUUGCAGAAUACCUCGAAACAAUGAAGGCCAAGUACCCUGUCAUUGUUGUCUCCUUGAAGAAGGCCAUGCAUUGAAUUGAACUUAGGAGUAUAUAUGUGACGUGGUGGUUGCAAAUAUACACACAAUAUUUAUCUUUGAGCAACUGUGAGCUUUAUGAAAUAAACCAAAUUUGUGCUUCUAUAUAUUAUCCAAAUAAAAUGAAAGUUGACACAUUUU